GCUCAAGCCUUUUGAUUUCACAUCAAAGAUUUCUUUCCCAAAAUGACGGUCCCAGUCUUCGAAACAGUAUUCGCAGUGCCUAUGACCUGCCAAAGUUGCAUCAAUGACAUUGAAGGCAGCUUGCAGCAACUGAGUGGAAUUCACAAAGUUUCAGCAAACCUCAAGGACCAGCUAGUCUCUGUUGAAGGCACUGCUCCACCUUCUGCAAUAGUUGAAGCAAUACAGUCUACUGGACGCGAUGCUAUUCUACGUGGGUCUGGAAAGUCGGACAGCGCUGCAGUGUGCAUCUUGGAAUCACACGCGGCCCAUAUAGAGAACAAGGUUCGCGGAUUAGCACGGAUGGUCGAAGUAGCACCUGGUAUGACCAUCAUCGAUUUAAGCAUACGAGGACUGUCUCCUGGAACUUAUCACGCCACUGUGCGAGAAAGUGGUAACAUCUCUGAGGGCCCUGAAACUGCUGGUGCUAUAUGGGAAGCUUCGAAGGCCAAGAAUGAAGGCCAACCAUGUCGGGGCAUCUUUGGUACAGUAGAGGUAGGGAAGGGUGGUGUUGGCGCCGUCUUCUUAGACAAACCGAUACACAUCUGGGAGAUGAUCGGACGGAGCAUCAUCGUCGCCAAACAGCAGGAUGGGAAGUUUGACAAGAACGAUCCGGAUACGCUAGUAGGCGUCAUCGCACGGAGCGCAGGUGUCUGGGAUAACGACAAGACCGUAUGCUCGUGUUCGGGGAAAACGGUCUGGCAGGAGCGCGAUGAACAGCGCGAUCGAGGCAUGCUGUGAGCGAGCGUGAAGCAUUGCCAAGUUGUAUGAGGCUCAACAAGGCCGAAGAGGCUCUACCAAGCUAAACAUGAUGCUCUACCAAGCAGCAUAGGUAUGAGAUUGUACCAAGUGAGAAAUGAGGCUAUACCA